CUCCUUUCCUUAUCGCCUAACAACAACAACACCGCACACAACAGCACCAAAGACACAGCCUCAGCCGAUGGGAAGACUAGAGGCCGUGGGCGUGUUAAGGGCCGCAGGGGCAUGCGCGCAGACCAUUCUGACCCAGACGACACAAGCACAUCAGACGAAAGCGAGGCUUCAACCACUGGGCCGCGUGAGAUCGACAGCAGCGUAUACUACACCACCAGCAUGCACGACCGCGAACGACGACGCGAGAGCCGCAAGACCCGCCGCAACGGCAGCCACGCAUACUACAGCGCACGCGAUGACCCCGCGGCACGCAGACGGUCCAAUUCCAGGGACACAGGUGCACUGGGCGUAGCUACGGGUGUGUGGGUGGGAUUUAGGGGCAAGUGGGGUGUGUGGGUGGGAUUCAGGGGCAAGUGGGCCGACAACACCUACAAGCCAUUCCAGGCCCUUCAAGCGUCUGUGCCAAAUGCCGCAGCCCUACUCGCCACCACAAACACAAACACGCGCACACGCACAAGAGCACGCCUACAGCCCCAUCCACGCAACAGCACCCGCACACACACGCACUCGCGCGACCACAGCGACCGUGACACACGCGCCACACGCGCACACCACUCCGACAGUGGCAGCGACCACAGCACAGCCAGUGGCAGUGACAGCGACGGAUUCAGCGGCAGUGACAGCGACGCUGGUAACCAUGGCAACCACGACAGCGCGGACCAGCAAGACAGCGAGAGCGACGGGCGCGACGCGCCGCGCACACCGCGAUCACACGCGCGAAUACGCGCAUGUGCGGAAGAGGACUCGUGCUCGUCGGAAACAGCGCCACACACCGCACACAGCGGCAGCGAGAGUGCAAGCUGCAGUGACAGUGAUUACGAUAGUGGCAGUGGUAGUGGUAGUCAUAGCAACAGUUGGAGUGGCAGUGGCACGGACUAUGACACUGAGGCGUUGCACAGGGGCGAAAGCGACGUCAGUGACCUAGAGACCUAUCUCUCACAACACGUCAGUGUGCAGACACCGCCCAGAGAUACGGCCACACGCAGUGAGCGACGCACACGCACAUUCUCUGGCAGCAGAAGUGGACGACUGCCCUACAGCGAUUGCCAUUCCAAUGGGGCGGGUGCGCAGAAGCUGUUUGAUCCAUCGUGCAACAAGUUUGUGGAUGUGACCGAUCUCAAGGAUGGUCACCAUGGCAACCACGGGCGGCCGGCGUUGCUAGGUCACCAACCGCCGAACGGCAGCGCGCGACGGUCAGUGGAACGGCAGGGGACUUCACAUUCAAAUACACACACACACAACAACACACACGCUCACGCACACCACAGCACACGUGCACAAGGCAGCGUCACGCGUACAGACACGCACAAGGAGCGACAUACACACGCGCACCGCAGCAUAAGGGCACAUAAGACACGGGCGACCACACGCACAGAUGACAGGGUGAGUGUAAGACAUGGAGAACGGAAUAGCAAGACUGCAGCCGAAAGCACUUCCGCGCCAAAGUCCAAGGCCAAAAAAAGACCCCGCUCCACGCGAGAAAAGGCCAUUGCCUUGUGUGACCACGCCACGCGCACAGGCAGCAAACUGCGCGAGGUCAUGAGAAAAGCGCAGCCGCGUGACGAUACAGCGCGGCGCCGCAUUGCGCAGCUGUCGACGAAGUGCGCGAGCGCUUAUCUGCAGGCGUUCCUAACGGACAUCAAGUACGCUCACUCGUUUGAGGCUGACAAGAAACUGUGGCGCGAGGCCUUCUACGCAGUGGUGGAGAUGUACCGUCGCUUUGUGCGGCAGCUCAGAGACGUCAUGCGCAAAAAGGAGACCACGUCCUUCUACGACGACGACUUCGAUGCGUUCCAAGACGCGGCCAAGGCCAUGGUCGAUGCCGUGAAUCGCGAACUGGCGGUGUUCAUUGAGAGCAGCCAAGGCUUCUACCAGUCACUGGUCAAUCAGUUGGAAGUUCGGUACCAUUUCAGUCUGCAGUUGGUCGAAGGCAUUGACUACACCUUUGCGGGCUAUGGCGAACCUCUGUGGCUGUAUGCGCGGAAUGAAGGAGAAAACACAGGCGACGAAGCAGCGUCCAAAGGUAUGACCUUUGCACAGCUCACGUGCCACCACUCGUUUGUGGCUUUGGGUGACUUAGGGCGAUACUACCAACAGCACCAACACACAGACGACCCCGACCACACGCAAUCAGUCAGACACUACGCAUGUGCACGCGCACUCGCACCCAAAAACUCACGACCGUACAACCAGCUGGGCGUCAUAGCCACGUACCAGGACUCGCUCUUCCAGGCCACCUACUUCUUUGUGCGCAGUCUGGCGGUCAAAGUGCCGUUUAUGACUGCGCGAGACACACUGCUGAAUGUCUUUGAGAAGGUGCGUGUCAUGGUGCUGGAGAACGCCCCAGUCGUCCUCACAGAGCCUGCUACAACCGCCGCCACACCCCAUGCGAAGGCGGCGCAUUCGCCGGCUGAGGUGUGGUUGCUAUGGACGGGGUUGGUGUGGAUGGAAGGAGUGGACAAGCUGCGCUACGAGCCAUACAGUGGGCAGGAGAGCACACUGGUGCAACACUGCGCAGACGACAGGGACACCGACACACCGCUGGAUCAGCAGACUCUGGACAAGGACAUCUGGCGCCUGGGUGGGGUGGAGACCGUCUGCUGGCGCUUUGUUCACCACAGUCUGUACGUCCACGCGACUCUAUUCACGCGCGUGGGGCUGGGCACCACACGCCACUUCAUGGCUGAGACUGUGCGUGAGCUCAAUGUGCUACUACACACACACGACUCACAGCCGUGGUUGGCUGCGGGGUGUCUGGUAGAGCUGAUGGGCCUGUGCAUGUUUUCUAUUCACGAGCGUGGCCCUGGUAAUCCCAAGCACGUUGUCAAAGGUCAUGAACAGCCUAAUGCCGAGGCCAAGUCGGAGGUGCUGCAUGGGAUGGCUGUGCACUUUGCCACUGAGUUGUUUGUCCUGUUAGUGACGGCUUUAACGAACUCGCUGUCUGACGAUUUCCUCGCAUCGCUGGGCGGUGAAUGGGACGAGGUCCGAGACGGCAAGGAUGGUCAAUUAAACAGGAUGCUCAGCUUGCCAAUGACGGAGUCGCAAUUCUCUCUCAUCCGAUUGGUCCUGCCGGCGUUAAAGGUGUACUGUGAUUGGCUGAUCAACUGCCCGGCGCUGUGGCUGCCUAUUUUGGGCUCGUCGAAAUGUUAUGCCACCGACCCAGAAUUGGUGCGUAAGUUCUGGGUGAGCGUGUCACGUCUAGGUUACGCCUCUGCCAAGAUCUGUGGCCUGAGCUCCGACCCCGCCGAAAGUUCACAGUCACAAACAGGUCAACGCCAACAGACGGCCAAUUCAAGUACCAGCGGGUUGGAAUCGGGGGCUGCGAAUGGAACGCGGACACAGCAGGACAAACCGAGUCCUAAAGCGCUGUGGGAGGACAGGCUACUUGCGGGUCUGGUCUAUCUGACCGAGGCCCAUGCCGAACUCUCGUUUGAGAACGAACCCCCCACAGCUCAGUCAAACAAUGACGCCAUUCCGGGCGAUGACGUCGCCGAUGGCGCCGUUCGGGGAAAUGACGUCAUUGAGUUUAGUGACGUUGAACGGGAGCUAUUGGAUGAUGCGUUGCGUUGGAAGUGUUUAGCACGCUUCACAAACUGCGCCACAAGGGCUUUGGGGACCGUGCCAAAUCCGGCUCCGAAUCGGGAUUUGGUCCAGGAACCCGCCGAAAUUUCUCACUUGACGGACAGCCCAGAGCCGGCCACCCCAUCGCGCUCGCCUCAGAAUGCGACGGAUGAACAUCUGGUGGAGGCCAUGCGCAUGUGCACACCAAUGGAUGUGAUGGACGGACUGCUGUACUACGACCCCGUGGCCCAGCGCCUGGCGUCUGAUCCCGCGCCGUUGGUUGCGCAGAUCCCAAAGAGAUCCGAAAACACAGAAAAGGAAUCUAUUGGCAGUGCGCUGGACAAUGUUGCACCCAGUCACGAGGCCUCCGGCGUACCGCAAUCGGUGAAUGGCAAUACCGGGACGAAGGGUGAGCCAACGGACGACAUAGCAGAUCUCCUGCGGCGCAAAGAGUAUCUGCAGACCAUCAUGAGCGCACGCGACCGCUCACGCGAGGCGGUGCAGCAGGGACUACAGGAGAGCAUCUCAGCCACCCGCGUGCAGCUGUGCGUCACGCCAGAGUACGUCUGCUUCGAUACCAAUCUGUGGAUAGAUCAUCUGCAGAAUAUUGUGGCCAUGGUCGAGGGUCGGCGGUUUAAGGUGCUGUGCCCGUUGGUGGUGGUCAACGAACUGCGUGGACUGGCGAAGAGUGAGCGCGUGCAGGCGAAGGCCGAGCGCGCAGUAAGCUAUCUGGAGACCGCCUUCCAAUCGCACACUCACAGCCAGGCCACACAGACACUUCUGGCCGUUACAGCCCAAGGGACUCUCGUGCACAACAUCCGCUUCUCCAACGAAGACAACCCUGACGGUCUCACCAACGACGAUCUGAUCCUGGGAGCAUGUGUCAACAUGUCUGAACGCACACGCGGCGAAAUCAAUGCCGUAAACCCAGCCACCGCUUGUGCGCCUCAAGUGGAUCGUUUGGACCGACACGUGGUGCUGGUGACAGACGAUAUCAACGUGCGCGUUAAGGCCACGGCUAAGACCAUCCCCACUCGGUCAUUCGCGUCGUUUGUGCGGCUGCUGAGCAUGGCGUCUCUCUCGGGUGUUCAGACCUGAGUGCCGUUAUAGGCGAGCACAAGCACAAGCACAUACGUACGUGUCACAGCUGCCAUGCGCUUACGCAGUCACCACGACCCCUCACGCCCUCAGACCCG